AUGUCUCUUUUGAACACCAUCCCCGCCGAGUCCUAUGUGGGCACCAUUGAUGGUAUCAGUGUCGUUUGGGGCCCAAACGCAAUUGCCAACCUACCUACAAACGCUGAAGCCUACAAGGUGGAAUUAAAUGCAUUGAAGAGUGCCACUGAGAAAGUAGCUGUCGCAUGUGCUCGAAGGAUAGGGAAAACCUCUGUCCGCAUCUUGUAUGAGACGAUAUCCAAUCCCGGGCUUUGA